AUCAAUGUCCUACGUCAUAACGCAGCCGAAUCUUUAGCUCAGGAUUGGCUGCGCAUUUCGGAUAUUACGUAUCAAAGCCAAUCAGAAGUUAGGUCAUAUCGAGCACUGCCUUGAACAUCAAUCGUCAUAUGACCCAUUCUAUCGAGUCUGCAAAGCUUGGGCCAUAUUUGUCUGUGCAAAAGUAGUUCCGUGGAGUGAGUGUGUGCAGAUAGUCAUCACAGUUUUUGGGACCUGUAAAUACUCCCACACUAAACGAUAAAAUGGCCGAAAAUCCAAUCUACGGACCCUUCUUUGGAGUUAUGGGGGCGGCGUCUGCUAUUAUCUUCAGCGCCCUGGGAGCCGCCUAUGGCACAGCCAAGUCAGGCACCGGUAUCGCCGCCAUGUCGGUGAUGCGGCCCGAGCUCAUCAUGAAGUCCAUCAUCCCCGUCGUCAUGGCGGGUAUCAUUGCCAUUUACGGGCUGGUCGUGGCUGUACUUAUCGCGGGUUCCCUGGACUCGCCCUCCAAUAACUACACCCUGUACAGAGGGUUCAUCCACCUUGGCGCCGGCCUUGCCGUCGGAUUCUCCGGUCUCGCGGCCGGUUUCGCCAUAGGCAUCGUUGGUGAUGCGGGCGUCCGCGGCACAGCUCAGCAGCCUAGGUUGUUCGUCGGAAUGAUCCUUAUCCUCAUUUUCGCCGAAGUAUUGGGUCUGUACGGUCUCAUCGUCGCCAUCUACCUGUACACGAAACAGUAAGCUGAACACACCACUCCCGUCGCCGUGCUCCGAGUUUCUAUGCCAGCCUGCUCAGUCCGCGCGCACAGGCCGUCAUCGCCGGUAGCCCCGCGACAUCGCGACCUCCGCAUAGGGUCUCGGAGCACUUGGACCAUCCCAGUCUUGUAUAGUUGUUGGUAGCGAAUCAUUUGGCCGCAUAUCCCCGGCCGGCGCCGCCUGGAUGCUGCGGCCGCGCCGUGCCUUGGGACGCGGCAUCUGUAUAAAUAUUUUUUCUAUUUCAAUUUUAUAAAACGAUCACUAUUUUCGAAUCCUAAUCAUGUAACGAACAAGACGCUACCGCGCGAUGACGGCGUACUAAUUUAUUUAAUUUAUUACUGCAGUGUUAUUUUUCGGUGACCGGAGAACUAUUAAUUUCACCUAUCGACAUAUCAGUUUGUUUGCGCGUACCAUCCGACGAUAUCACUUAUAGAUUAUGUUAGCGUUAAGGCGAAACUAAUGUACAGUUAGAGUAGAAAUUUAAGUCCAAGCGAGUUAUCUUAAAUAAUUUAUGAAACCAUUGUUCUCGGGUACUGUGUACCAGAGUAUCACUGAGAUGAGGUUAAACCUGGCUUGAGUAUUACUUGCUAUUAGCUUUCAGUGUUAUAGUGGAUGUGUUGUAUCCCCAUUAUACUGUUACGCCUUUAAAAUGUUAUCUUAUUCUCUCUUGGAGUGACUGUUGACAAAUUAAGAGCGAGUCACAAACAUUGUAUUGCCAGGAAUCAGUAAAUAAACAUGGUUUGUACAUUCCAUAUUAUUUUGUUUCUACUUGAUUA